AUGAAUGGAUCCUCAUCUGAGCCUGCCCCUCUCGAUAUAGGAGAUAUGGUUCAAAAUCUUAGAGAAAAGAAUACAGAGCUUCAUCAAAAGAUUAUCGCAAAGAAAGAAGUUAUUAAUAAACAGCGGAAAAAGCAACGUGCGAUGGCUCGUGCAAAUUGGUAUUCUAUGAUGUUGUAUGCUCGAAAAAGAGUAUUGCUUCGAGAAUCUGCAUCAUAUCAAAAUAAAAAAAAUGAAAAACUUGAUGUUUUUACAACAGCUGCAGUUCAAAAACUUGCUAGUGUUUUAAGAUUUAAGGCAGCAACAAAAGUAUUUGAAGAAACUACGCAAAAAUUCUUUGAACCAAUUCGAAUUUAUUCAUCUCCUCCUUCAGUUCCAAUAGUUGAAGAAGCUGUUGACGAUGCAAGUAUCAGGUUCAUGUCUAGACUAUCAUUUGCUCCAUCAUUAAAUCUUAUUGCUCCUCAGAUGGUAAAUUCAAUUAAAAAUGUCGAUACAUACGAAAACUUACGCCCAUCUCCAGCAGAUAUAGAAUACCGUACUAAUUUAAUUAUUGAUGAUGUUGUAUCUCAUAUUGAAGCCGAUCCAAUUGUUCCAUCUUUAUCAGAUAUUACUCAACCACUUGAAAGAUUCUCACAAGAUACAAUGAUAUUGAAUCCAAUCAACGAUAUUAAUAUUAUUGUCUCUCAGGCAUCAUUAAUGGCUGUUCUCCAAACCCCAAUUGCAGCAGCUGUUCCUGUUGUUGCCAAAGAAGUACGUAAACCAUUCAGAAGUGCAAUGAGAAUGGCCUAUCCUCGCUGGGAUCUUGAAGAUCCACUCGAUAUUCAAAGAGAUCAAACGUGGGAUGAAACUAAAUUUGAUGAAGCAAUUCAAGAUGAAAUUAAUAAGGAUAUUUUACUUGAAAGUCAAAAGGCUUCUAAGAUGCAACGCUCCAGUCCCACGAAGGUCCCAACUUCUCCUCGUCAUAACGUUGAAUCAAAUCUUAUCUCAAGAGAUCUUGAUUUCCAACCAGAAAACGAGAUAACAACCCAAGACCUCCCAACUGUAGGUAAGAGUGGCCUCAAACCUAAACAAUUCCACUUUGAUUUGUCGUCAAUUCUUCCUGGUCUUGACGACGGACUUUACAAGAUGAUCCAGCCUAUCCCUGAGCUCGUUAUUCAUACAAGAUUCUUCUCGAGAUCGAUGUUUGAAGAAGAAAUGAACAAACCAGUUAAUUAUUACGCAGAUUUGGUAGCUAACGAUCCAAGCCAGACAGUUCCUGCCCAGUCCUUAGACUUUAUUGACGAAGAAAUCGAUAAGAGUCUUUACGAUUUACUUGCAUCCGGAACUGGUAUGAACGAAGUCGCAGAUAAACUGAUUGACUUUGGCAUGCAAGCCGCUGAGAAGGCCCUUGCAACAAAUCUUGCGGGAAUUACUUACGGAAAUGUUCAUAUUGCUCUUCCAUACUUAUUAGGUGCGGCUCAAAUCAAAAUGCAUAAUAUCGAUGAUGACAAACCACUCCUUAUACCUCCAGAAAAGAAAGCUACGGCAAAUCCUGUUUAUAUUACUCCAGAAUAA